AUGCCCCUCUACACCCACCCUCCUGGGGGCAUUGGCCUGGCCCCGCCCAGUGCUACCACCCACUUGGCCAGACCUGUCUUCCUCUGUGUCGUUUGCCUCCUGGCGGCGCUGCUGCCGCUCGCCUCCUCCUGCCCUCCUCCCUGUCUCUGCUCCUCAGAUGGCCUAGUGGUGGACUGCGGGGGCCGGGGUCUCUCCUCCCUGCCUCCCCUGCACCACCUGCCUCCGGGGAGCCGCUCCUUCCUGCUAGCCAACAACAAGCUUGCUUCGCUGGGAGCCUCUGCCUUCGCUAACCUCUCCUCUCUGGAGGAGUUGGACCUCUCUAAUAACUACCUAGAUAAUUUACCAGCUGGAUUAUUCAGAGACAUGUCCAACCUGACGAGACUGACUCUGCACAACAACUCACUAACAGUAAUGGACAGAGACCUCUUCCAGGGUUUGGGGGUUCUUCAGAGUCUGGAUCUGUCACUGAACGGACUGUCCUCUAUUCCUUUGGGGCUACUGGAUGAACUACAGAGCCUCAGGUGGCUGUCUCUAGCGGGUAACAGGCUUCAUGGUUUGGAGAGGGCAGCGUUUGAGCCCCUUGCCAACCUACAACACCUGGAAUUGGGACACAACCCCUGGGAAUGUGACUGCAACCUCCGCGAUUUCAAACACUGGAUGGAGUGGCUGCUGUACAGAGGGGGAAAGGUGGACGCAGUGGAGUGCACGCUACCGAAGGAUCUGCGUGGGCGAGACAUCCGUGGCGUUCCAGUGGAAAUGUUCAACUACUGCCUCCAACUUGAAGAUGAGAACGGAGGAGGUGAGGGUUCCCGUUCCGGACAGAAAAGUGUUCCUCCCUGCAGCAGGAACGCUCUUAACCCCAGUGGGGCAACACCAAUUUCUGACAACAGUGGGGAGGCCCCGUCGGAUUGUGUCCGCGCCCGUUACCGCCCCGUGAGCGUGCGCCGAGCUAUCGGCACAGUGGUGAUUGCCGGCGUGGUUUGCGGCAUUGUUUGCAUCAUGAUGGUUGCAGCCGCGGCAUAUGGCUGCAUCUACGCCUCCCUGAUGGCCAAAUAUCAGAGAGAGCUGAAGAAGAGGCAGCCGCUGAUGGGAGACGGAGAGGCAGACGGGGAGGAUAGGGAGGAGAAACAGAUCUCCUCUGUGGCCUAG